ACACGAGAUAGAGAGUUAUGUUCACAUCACAUCCCUCAAGUAACCAUCACCAGAGAAUGUCACUUUAGUGGAUGUGUUUGUCAAAUCGAGUCAUGCCUCAUGCCACAAUUUGUUUUAAAACAUUGUGGGGAUGCAAUUGAUCAGGUCUUCUGUAGAAUUUAGUCAAAUAAUUUACUACCUGUGUUUGACUUUGCUAACUCACGGUGGGAAAUGGCAUUUGCGAACUUAUUUUCCAGUCCACCAGGGGAAGUGGAUUUUAACGCUUUAGCGUUUACCCAUCACAAAAAGUUUAGGUCGGACCAGCCAUAUCAGAAUCCGAAGAGGCACUAUGAGACCCCCAGGAACACAAACCCAAAGAAAAGAAGGAGAAAGAAUAACGUUUCAAGAGGUGAUGUUAGGAAGGGGUAUGAGUCGGAAAAGGAAAGAGGACAUCGCAUGGGGCCAUUUAAAUAUGAAGAGGAGCAGGCAAAUGUCCAUCAAAAGCCUAGCCAGUGUCACAUAAACAAGGAAACCAAGCUUCCUGGAACCCCACAAAGCAGUUUGGGGCCUAGUUCUGAAGGUCAUCAGAAGAAUGGACUAAGGGUCAACAAGAGAAUGCUCUUUGCCAAAAACAAUAUGCACAGAACAAACAUGAAUGAAGAUGUUCAUAAGCGACAGGGCCGGGAUACCAACAGUGGUAACGGCUGUGUUUUUGAUGACAAAAAAAGGGCGAAGAUGUCAAAACGAAGCCACCAAAAUGAUUAUUUCAACCAGAGAUCCGAAGCUGGAUCGAAGAAAGGACGGGACAAGUGGCAGACGGGGAGACACAGGCCCCAACGGGAAGAGAGGAAGCCCUUCAUGACGCAGGAAUUCAAAGAGCAGAACUCCAUAGACGUGAAUGGGCGUCUCUUCUGCAAGCACUUUCUCGGGGAUAGGUGCCUAAAGGGCGAUCAGUGCCAGUUUGUGCACUCCCAUGACCUCGGAGGUUUUAAGUUCAAUGGAGUCUGCAAAUUUUACGUCCAGGACUGCUGCUUGAAAGGAGACAAUUGUCUCUUCAUGCACAAAACCUUCCCCUGCAAGUUCUUCCACACAGGCAGGAAGUGUUACCAAGACAACAGCUGCAAGUUCUCUCACGAUGCACUUACUGAGCUGACCAAAGGACUGCUGGACAAGUUCCUUGAAGAACAAAAGGUGGCUCGUGAGACUUUGGAACCUGAAACCCAACAACCGGAACCCAAACCUCCUGUGGACUUUGCGACAAAUCCAGUAAAGUUGAGUUUCUACAGCACGGCUCCGGCCCCUGAACAGCUGCCUGUGUGCCGGUUCAGCUUUGGAGCGAAGGACAGCGAGUUCACUCCCGCCUCUACCGCGCAGGCUGCGCCCUCUACACCUCAAACUGCCCCACCACCAGACACCUUACCAGCGCAGACUCGCCCUCCGAUGUCAAGCCUUUUCAGCUCGACUCCGUCUCCUGUGUCCCGGCCUGUGUGUCGGUUCAGCUUUGGAGCCAACAAUGCCGACUUCACCCCAGAUCCUCCCAGCUCUGUCCGCCAGCCUAGCCCCUCUCCUGCCAAGACAGACCCAGCAGCGUCCGCUGGACCCGAUCCGGUGCCCGACUCCCGCACACCCCUCAGCGCCUCACCACCGUCCCCCUCACCAGCGCAACCCGGCGGACCAAGCGCCACCAUCUCCUCCCUUCCCUCUGGAGCUGGAGACGGUCCAAUGGUCAAGACGGAGAUGCCCAGUUCCCCAACGCCUCCUGGUCCCACUCCCUCAGUCCUAAGGACCCUCUUCACCCCUCUGAGUCCGUGUCGGCCCGAUGAUGAGGAAGAGGAGGAUCUAGAGAUGGGAUGUAGUCAGGAUGCAGGCCGAAGUUGCACUGAUGCAGCGCCUAGGCUCUGCACUAAGGAUAUUAGUAAGGUCAAAGAGGAGAGUGGAAGUCACACCGAUGCCCCACUGGUUGCCCCAGACCAAGUGCUUACCCUGAAGGCAGAACCAGACCUGGUUAAAGAGAUGAAGAAAGAGGAAGAGGAGAGAGAGCCUCCGACCGCCCCUUUAAAGCCGGUCCCCUGCUUCACCUCGACCGCCCCUUUAAAGCCGGUUCCCUGCUCCACCCCUUUAAAGCCGGUUCCCUGCUCCACCCCUUUAAAGCUGGUCCCCUGCUCUACCCGCAAGUCCUACAGACCCCUCACUGUGGACCCUCCACUCCUCCCCUUCACUGCGUACCAUGCCCAGCCGCCACCUUCUACCUCUCCUCGGGAUGUCAGUGCAAAGGCUCUCACUCCCAGCGUGGACUCCAACUCCCAGAGUGCCGUGCGGCGCCGUGCCCCUCUCCGCCCUGGCGCAGGAAUGUGCACGACGCAGGCAGAGUCCCAGGGUCGGCACAGUCUGCCAGUGCAGACUCUUACGUGGUCUGUGCCCUCGACACACUCCGUCUCACGGUCAGCGCUACAGAACAGGAGUCUGAAUUCUGAACUGGACCCUUGAUGAAGGUUCAAAGUCGUACAGGACUACCACGAGGCACGAGCAGCUGCCUCUACACCAACCUCUCUAGUGGACCGGACUACUGACACUACACAGAAUGUCUCAGCAAUCAUUCAAAUCAUGGCUUAUUUUUUAAAGUGACAGCUUUA